ACAGCCUGAGGCCCCUCCCUCUGCCCUGCUCCUUCCCUGGCCCAGGCGUAGUUUUGGGCUUUCGUUUCGCCUCCCAGACGAGGGGUUCUUAUCCAGACUGUUGGUGGUCCCUCUUCCUUGUCCUGCUGCUCUCUCCGAGUGGAAUUCAUGGGGUGCGCCAGUUCUUGCGCUGUUAUGAUUCCUUCAAAUUACUGAAUUGGCACCUCAAGCUUGGUGUCUAGUUCUCUUGGUAAAUGUUUUGCACGAGCAACAAGAGCAAAAAUUACUUCCUUGCUAUUGGUCUACUCUAAUAAUGAAUGACAUACCAUUCUUCCUCUGCUGUUGAGGCUUGGAGUUUGUCAGUAUCUUUGGAGUCCUUGGACCACAAUGGCAACGAGCUACACACCUCCAUUUGAUGACCCUGGGGAGGUGAGAGAGGGCUUUCUAUGUCCACUGUGUCUGAAGGACCUGCAGUCAUUUUAUCAGCUUCAGUCUCAUUAUGAAGAAGAACAUUCAAGUGAAGACAAAGAUGUCAAAGGACAACUUAAAAAUCUGCUCCAAAAAGCUAAAAAAGCAAAGAAUAAAUUGUUGAAACUGGAAGAUGACCGAACUGAUGGGGGGCCUCAGGAGGGAUAUGAAUCUUACAGCUAUGGUGGAGUGGAUCCAUAUAUGUGGGAGCCUCAAGAAUUAGGUGCUAUGAAGAGCCAUCUUUCUGAUUUUAAGAGGCACAGAGCAGCCAGAAUUGAUCACUAUGUUGUGGAAGUCAAUAAAUUAAUCAUCAGGUUAGAAAAGCUAACAUCCUUUGACCGAACCAAUACAGAUUCUGCAAAGAUAAGAGCAAUAGAGAAGUCUGUUGUGCCUUGGGUCAAUGAUCAGGAUGUGCCUUUUUGUCCGGAUUGUGGUAACAAGUUCAGCAUACGGAACAGACGUCACCACUGCCGCCUUUGUGGGUCUAUCAUGUGCAAGAAGUGCAUGGAACUGGUCAGCCUCCCUUUUGCAAACAAACUCACCACUGCCAGCAAAGAAGUCUUGGCCUCUCAUACUAGCCCAAAUUGCUCACCCAACAGCAUCCAGGGCUCUCGCCGUGGUAGCAUCAGUAGCAUAAGCAGUGUGAGCUCUGUCUUGGAUGACAAGGAUGAUGAUCGACUCCGCUGCUGUAGACAUUGUAAAGACACCCUGCUCAAAAGAGAACAACAGAUUGAUGAGAGAGAAUACACGCCAGACAUUGUGAAACUAUAUGAGAAACUCCAACUUUGCAUGGAAAAAGUUGAUCAGAAGGCCCCGGAAUACAUAAAGAUGGCAGAAUCAUUAAAUGCUGGGGAGACAACUUACAGUCUUGAGCAUGCUAACAGUCUCAGGAUGGAAGUGCAAAAAAUGUAUGAGUUAAUAGAUGGUUUAAGCAAGAAGAUUCUGACUCUGGGAUUGAAUGAAGAACCACAACCUCAUCCCAGAACAUUACAACUUCAGAGAAUGAUCAGAUAUUCAGCCACACUUUUUGUACAGGAAAAAUUGCUUGGUCUCAUGUCUCUACCAACCCAAGAGCAAUAUGAAGAAUUGAAAGAGAAAAAGAAACAAGAACUGGAAAGAAAACUACAGAUGGAGAGACAGGCAGCACUUGAAUCACAGAGACGAUUGGAGGAGAAGCACAUGGACUAUGCUUCCAGAUCUUUGGCAGCAUCCAACGGUGAGGUGUACCGGCCAAAACGGGUUGCAGUAAAGAAAGCUGAAGGUUGGCUACCCACUGCCAGCAUAUCUCGCCAGCAAGAACUUGCGGACCCGCUUCUUCAGCAAAUUGACAAUAUCACAUCCUUUAUUAAGCAAGCCAAGGAAGCAAAUCGUCUAGAUGAGGUCCAGAUGUUGCAGGAGAACCUGCAACAACUUCAGGAUGAGUAUGAUCAACAGCAAACUGACAGAGCCAUUGAGCUUUCUCGAAGGCAGGCUGAGAUGGAGGAUAUGCAGAGAGAACAACUGCAGAUCCUUUGUGAAAAGGAAUGGGAGAGGGAACAUAAAAAAAGAAUGUCUCAGCACUCACGGACACGUUCCCUGGAUUUCAGAGAAGUGAAGGCCAGUAAGCUGGAGAUUGGGAAAGAGAGCAUAAACCAAAUAGCACAGGCUUUGGACCUUGAUACCACUCAGAAUAAAAGUAACCCAGGUUCUAAAGCAUCUUCACCAAGUGAUAGUGACCAGCUGCCAGCUACUGAGAGCCCAGUCUUCCCCCUUCAAUCUCUAGGAGUCCAAGAGCAUGACAGAGUAAUAGAGCAAAAUAAGAGUGUCCUUAUAAACCCUUUUGAAAAUGAGCCGGCAGUUAACACUCUUAAGAGGAAACCUGAUAACCCCUUUACUGAAGAGUCUUCCAGGGUGUCUUCCUUGCCCACCCAAGACUUGCACAGUGAUAAAAAAGAAUAUAACCCAUUUGAAUAUGAGGACAGUCAGCAAGCAAAUGGAAUAGCUGUCAGUGCUCCAAAUCCCUUUGCAGAUGCUGUUGGAAAUCAAUUUCAUGUGCCCAUAGGUCAUAAGGAAUCUGGAAAUCCAUUUGAGGAAUUAUCUUCCUCCAUGAAUCCUUUUGAAGAUGAUGAUGAAGUGUCAGAGGACAACAUAGAAGAGGAAUUACUGCUUCAACAGAUAGAUAAUAUAAAAGCUUAUAUUUUUGAUGCCAAACACAGUGGGCGGAUGGAUGAGGUAGAGGUGCUGACUGAGAAUUUAAAAGAACUGAAACGCACACUAGCGAAACAAAAGGAAAAAUCCAGCUGCUGAACUAGUGGCUGUUUCCAUGCACAUAAAAUUACAGUUUCAGUUGUCCCAGAGGCAAAGCAGGACAGGUGGAAUUAAAAUGAGAAGUGUGUUGCAAGAGGGAUUUCUGGGACUGAGUUUAAUCUUAUGCACUUUGGUGUAGGCAUUUCCACUAUUCAGAUUUUGCUAAUGUCCAGCCUGUUAAGAACAUGAUCUUGUUUCUUAGCAUCUGUUUUAUUUCAGAUGUAAACUGUGUAGACUAAUAGGAAACAGAUGUUUUCAAAUGCAGGAAACUACAAUCCUUCCCUCUGUUUUUGGAGGUGGUUGAAGUAUUGCCGAACGGCCUUCUAAGUUGGCUUUUCCACUAACAAGGGACCCAGAAUGUCUAGUAAAUUCUGUGUCAACCAUGAACUGAGAUGGUGCCUUUUAGCAGAUACAUGUACCUACCAUAUAUGCUAAGAACAAGUGUUAAAAAGCAGGUUGCUAAUGCAGUGACCUGCACAGUAUAAAGGCCAGUGAUCUGACUGUGCAAUACAAAAGAUAAUAUAAAGGGAUUUUAAAAUAGACAUGACUAGAUGUAAUGUUAUAGAUGUAAUUUGUUUUAGAAAAUUGAAAACCCAGAUGAAUUUCUGUUCCCUCCAUCACCUGUUUUUCAGGGCUCAUCUAUAUUACAACCUUAAACUGGCUUUACUUUAAUGGCUUCCUCCUGGGAACUCUGAGAAAUGCAUUUUUGUGAGGGUGCUGAGAGUUUUCUUCUUGCCUCCUCCUAGAGCUAGCUGUUCUUCAAAUUCCAGGGCUAAUGAAAAUGCUAUGACUGUUAAACUGGCUCCUGCAGUGUAGACAUGCAAAUGGGGGUGGGUGGAUUGCACCAAUUACCACAAGAGAGAGGCCAUGAGGGAGUGCACUAUCAAUUGCAAGUCCAAUUGAAGCCAACUAUGAUCUGCAGUUGAUUUGGCUGCAGGUGUGAGAAAGGCCUGCCCUUAAUUUUUAAAUAACAUUUAGCUACCUCUGUCAAGGUUUGAUACCUUUUUUGAAUAUAAAAUAUACUAAGGAAUGCACACAAUGAUUUAACUGCUUUGUUCCCUGUAACAGAAGAAUGAUCAUGGUGUGCUCUUCAGGAGAGCAUGAAACGCACAAUUUUGGGAGCUUAAUCUACCAACCACUGUAGCGGUGCAAUUUCCAUUUAUUGGUAUGGAGAGCCUGUGCAAACGUAAGCCCUGUUGAACUAAAUGGAGGCUGUGGAGCAGCGAUGCUUGGGAUUGAACUGUUUAUCUCUGCUUUGGAUAUUUCUUUACUCUCCAAAUAUGAACUGGAAUUUUUUUUGGGGGGGGAGGAGUGAAAAGAAUUGUAUGUAUCAGAAGAGCUAUCAAACUAUUUCUGGUUUCAGUUGUACCGAAUGAACCUGAUUUGCUCAUAUCUGAUUUUUUAAAAGAAUGAACAUUUUGAAUGUCACACAUGGAGACUGACACCCGAAUAAUAUGGACUUCUAGAAGCCAAAUUCUGCUUAAGUUGUGAAUGGGGGGAAGGCCCAGCAGCUGAUACCUGAAUUAGUUUUACUAUGUAAAGGUAGAGAUUUUCACACAUGCAAAAGUGUUUUGACCUAAAUUCUGCACACAGAAAAAGGGGUUAAUCCAAGAGUAGCAAGACACUAAUAGUGGGUUCAGGACUUAUAAACCCGGUCAAUCAAACUGUUGGGAUCCUAGAAAAAUGUUUACAGAAAUGUUUUGUUAUUUGGGGGAUGCUUAAUAUGGUCAAGAACUAAGGUAGCACUUUACAUCCUAGGCUUUAAGAAUUUUUUUCUAUUUUUGGUAUGGCUUUAGGUUAUUUGAAAAGAGAAACAUUCCUCAUAGUUUCCCUUUUAUUUUUUCCUUUAGAGGGGAAAAUAGGCUUAGCUAUAUAAUUAACUUGAUAUAUCAAGUCUUGGCUGAAACUACUUCUCAAUGGCUGCUUGUUUUAAUAAGCACUCAGAAUUGUGUUCAGCCAUCCUGUGGAAACUGACCUGAAAACAGCACUUAGGACUACAGUAGUAAGGGUAGGUGACUCAAGUUUUAAAUCUCUCCCUUGACCCCUUAAUUCAGAGCAACUAGGAGUAGAUUUAUGACACAGAUGCACAUAACCUAACAGGACAGGCUAACCAGAGUGGUAAAAUGCAGUAAAUAAAUAACUAGUGUAAACAAGCCCUACAGGUUUUUUUGACCAGCUAAGGUUUAUUUAAAAGAAAACUAUAUAUCUUUUAUUACAGGCAGCAAGACACUCACCUGGCAUACUUUGUAUAUCUCUGCCCAAAUAAAUGUUCAGUGGUUUUUUUACAUUUGAAGUAUGCUUCCUAGUUACAUCCAUUCUGCCUUGUUUUUAUGUACUUCAUAAUCUAAUACUCUUAAGACAUGCUUAUAGUAUACUAGUAACUAUGUUGAUUUGUAGGCUCCAUGACUGUAAGUCAAUGUGAAAUAUAGCUACCUUUCCUGAUAGGUUGAGGAUAGAUUCACAUUUUGACAGCCUUCCAUUUGUACUACUGAAUUGACACUAUGAAACAUAACAAAACCAUGCCAUUGUGAUAUUUAACAUUGAUGACAUCUGUUCUACAAUUGCAUGCACUACUCUAAUUUGCAAGCUUUGACAAAAUAAAAUGUUGGUUUAGA